GUAUCGCUAAGAAAUAGAAAAAAUCUGCCAACACACCAAUUUUUACGGAAGUAAAAUAAUUUUUCUGCGCAGCAAUUUGACGCACAAUGACGUCAUUUCAAGAUUACUUCCGUUUCGAAAAUAUCAAAAAUCUCCAUAGUUAUCUCUGUUUUGCGAGUUUGUGUCUGUAUGAUGGUGGGAUAUGCCAGAUCUGCACCAACAACGACAGUAUCCCCAGCGUACCCUUGGCAGAAGCCAGUGGCAUGCAUAAACUGCCAAGGAGGGUCUGGAGGAGAUGGAUGGGAAGGGGUCACUCCCUCUCCAUCAGAUCGUGCCCAUGAAUAUCAUGUGAUUAGCGCCUUAGCUCAAAAUAUAAAGACAAACCUGACAACUGUCAUCAAUGACUUAUAUUUGGGAAAGGGUCUGAUCGCAAACAGUGACAAGGAAGAACUUGACAAGUACUCUUAUCCUGCAUUUGGCGAGUUUCCCACUCUCCCAUCCCUUCCCACAAAUGAUGUCAGCAUUUCCCUUAAACGAGCUUAUGGCGAUAUCCAACUUGUAUCAUCAUUCGUUGAACAAUUGCGCCAAGAACAUGACCUCCAAGCUUCAGUGGACACAAUGAGUCUUGAAAUGGC